AUGUGGAGUCUACUGGAUCAAGCCAAGGAGUUAACCCUUUCUCUCAGCAAUCGUCAGGCUGCGGCCUCGAGAAGAGACUGGAAGCUGGUUCUACUUGUGGCUUCAGUAGAUGAGCUCUGCAUGUGCUCAGAUGAGGUCAUCUUAACCGAUCACAGAUCGCAUCAGCGAUGCCACUGUGAGAUGUCAUACAAUGAAAAAGAAUACAGACUGAGGAAAGCCAUUCUCACCCAAGCCCUGCAGGAGUCUCUCGAUGGAUUCCUGCGGCAGAAACUGUGGUACAGUGACAGAGAAGACUUCACAGUGGUGCUGCAUCCCACACCCAUUGAUACGAACCCAAACUCCAUUGUUGAGAGGAAUUUUGCCUCUAGUGGACUGAGCUCACUUCAUGCGGACAAAUUGGCACUGCAGUUGUGGGCAAACCUGUUGCAUCCAGUGAGUGAGAAGAUGGUCAGAAAUAUGGAUGCCAUUACUGAAAUUCCAUGCCCAACUGAGGACCAUCCCUUCCUGCGGACAGAGAGAAACUCCCCUUUGGUGUCCCAUCUCCAUGAGGACAUCACUGGGAUCCUCAGGACAGGCUCCUCUCUCCUUGAUCCUAUAAUGGGAAGUGAAAUGCCUUGUGAAGACAGAAGCCCUUCCAACUCCAUACCAGUCUCAGUCCAUACUCUCCGACCGGCUGACAUUAAAGUGGUGGCUGCUGUGGGCGACUCUUUGACGGCAGCCAACGGGGCUGGCUCUGCUCCCAAUGACUUAUUGGAUGUUCUGAAACAGUACAGAGGGCUGUCUUGGAGUAUUGGUGGAGAUGAGAACCUCACCAGUGUCACUACUCUUCCUAAUAUCCUACGGCAGUUCAAUCCAUCGCUGACUGGUUUCUCGGAAGGAACUGGAAAGCAAACAAAUCCCAGGGCAUUUCUCAACCAGGCUGUACCAGGAGCCACCAGCGAGGACAUGCCUGGCCAAGUGCGUAUCUUAGCGGACAAGAUGAAGAAUGAUUUGCGAAUUGAUUUUUCAGCUGAUUGGAAAGUGAUCACCAUGUUUGUUGGAGGCAAUGACCUGUGUGACCAUUGCAUCCACUCUGUUUAUUUUUCUGCAGACAAUUUUGUGUCCCGGAUCAAGGAAGCUCUGGAUAUCCUUCAUAAAGAGGUUCCACGGGCCCUUGUGAAUCUGGUGGAGGUGUUGGAUAUUGUCCCUCUGCGGCAGUUGCACCGGGACUCCAGUCUGAAGUGUCCUACUUGGCUGGUAAAGAUUUUGUGUCACUGUAUCAUCUCCCCCAAAGACGGUUCGGUUCAACUACAAAGACUGACUGAGAUUAACAGAGCCUAUCAGCGUGGAUUGCAGGAGCUUAUAGAGUCAGGCCGGUACGAUACUCACUCCAACUUCACUGUGGUGCUACAGCCAUUCUUCAGGGAGAUCACGGUUCCACUACUAGAUGGACGUCCUGACAGGUCUUUCUUCACUCCUGACUGUUUUCACCUCAGUCAGAAGUCCCACACACUUAUGGCUCGUGCUCUGUGGAACAACAUGCUGGAACCAGUGGGCAAUAAGACCCAUUCAGAAGUCUUCACAUCCGCCUUCUCUCUUAAGUGUCCCACAAAGACUUCACCUUACCUGCGAACUUAUCAGAACAGCAACUACACAUACAAGGGUCCUGCUCCAACACCUCCACCAGUCACAAACUGGGGUAGUAACCUUUCCUGUGCAGACCGAGCCCCUUCCAGCAUCAUUCCCACCUCAGUUCACAAGUUGCGACCAGGGGACAUUAAGGUGGUGGCUGCCCUCGGAGACUCAAUUACCGCUGGAUAUGGUGCAAAGUCAAAGAACAUCUUUCAGCUGAAGAUAGAAUACAGAGGGGUAUCUUGGAAUAUUGGGGGAGACCAAAACCUGGAGAGCGUCACCACGCUACCCAACAUCUUAAGGGAGUUUAACCCCUUGCUUCGCGGGUUCUCUGUGGGUCAGGGGUCAAAGAAGAAGGGGCUCAACAUGGCAGUGUCUGGAGCCAAGGCCUCCCAAGUACCUGGGCAGGUGCAGAACCUCAUUCAGGCUAUGAAGGACAGUAAGGAGAUAGAUUUCGAAAAGGAUUGGAAACUAAUCACUCUCUUUAUUGGUGGCAAUGAUCUCUGUCAAUAUUGUCUAGAUCAGAAUAACCUUUCACCUCAGAACUACAGUCAUCAUCUUAGGCAGAGUCUGGAUCUGCUGUACCGUAAUGUACCGCGGGUGAUGGUCAAUGUUCUGGAACUUCUGCAAAUUGAGGGCCUACGGAGGAUCAAGAGUGGCACUCUGGGCUGUUCUCUGGUCCAAAGGAAUAUGUGUCCAUGUAUACUGAUCCCAAGUGAGGACUCCAUAGAACUGAAUGAGAUGAAGAGGAUCAACCGGGAGUACCAGGCAGAGACAGAACUGCUGAUCUCCCAGGGACGCUACGACGUGCGGGAAGACUUCACUGUAGUAAUCCAGCCCUUCUUCCAAAACUCCAUUAUUCCCCUGAGUGUGGAUGGAACGCCUGACCUCAGCUACUUCUCAGCGGACUGCUUCCACUUCAGUGAGCGAGGCCAUGCAGAGAUGGCCAUCGCACUCUGGAACAACAUGCUGGAACCAGUGGGGAGGAAACAGACCUUCAACAACUUCACAUACGACCGUAACAAGAUCAAGUGUCCCUCAGAGGCUCAACCCUACAUAUACACCAGGAUGAACAGCCUUCCCAGCGUACCCACUGCCACCCCAGCCCCCAGCACCCCUGUCAUCACUACCACCACCCUGAUACCACUGUGCCCACCUGGGCUGCCGCUGUGGCUGCCAGUGGUUUUCGUGGUGAUCGGCUCGCUGAUAGGAUGGGGCAUCACCUGGCUCUUCCUCUCCUAUAGAAAGCGAAACGAUCAGAGGAAGCAGAGCAUGAUGGAAAUGAAAGGAACAGAAUUAUGAUACAGAGAGUAGUGUGUCCAAAGUCAAAGACAGGGUCCUUCCCAUUCUCUCUCUUUCACACACACGCACACAUAACUGUGUUGUUCAAAUAAUCUCACACAUGAGUUUCUCUCCUUACCACUUCACACACA